AGGCGGCGCGGCUGCCGUGAACCAUUCCCUCCGCUGGCGGCGCCACUGAGCGGCAGCGGCGACAGGCGGUGGGAGGGAGCAAACAUCGAGCGGAGCUUGGGAGGGAGCGAGAAGCAGAGCUCGAGUCGCCGGCGGAAAAUACAACACACCAUGGGUAAAUCGUUCUCCCAUUUACCAACUUUCUCAAGACAAAGCAAGAAAGAUGAUACAGAAUCCAUCGUGGGAGAGACCGACAGAAAAACUCUAGAAAACACAGAUGAAGUACAGGGCAAUAAUGGAGAGCUCAGUUCUCAUGUUCCUUAUGUAGAGUUUGUGGGACGGGAAAACAUCACAUGUUCCACAUGCCAAGGGACUGGAAGAAUACCAAGAGGCCAGGAAAAUGAGUUGGUUGCCCUAAUACCAUAUAGUGACCAGAGACUACAGCCACAGCGAACGAAGCUCUAUGUGGCAGUGGCUGUGGUGAUCAGCCUUUUGAUUAGCGGAUUUGCGAUCUUCUUCCUUUUCCCACGUUCCAUUGAUGUUGAACACGUUGGUAUUAAGUCAGCUUACGUCAUUGAUGACAAGAAGGAUUAUAGAGUUAUUCUUAAAAUUACGAAUAUUUUAAAUGUAACAAACUACAACUUCUACAGCAUCAGUAUUACUGACCUCAGUGUGCAGAUUGUGUUUUUUAAUGAGGUUCUGGGAACUGUCAACAUCAAAAACACCACAGUCUUCAGGCCUUUGGGAGGUGGCCAGAUUUUCUAUGCUGUGACAGCUACAUUGGAUGAUCUGGGCAUGUACCAUUAUUGCACAAUGCCUGAAAUCAAAGUCCACAAUAUUGUGAUCUCAAUACAAGUGACCGUGACAGCCUGGUAUUUGUCACACUCGGAGCAAGUCUCUGUUGAUGCCUACCAAUAUGUUGACUGUGGCUCCAAUACCACUCAUCUUCACAGCCCCUAUUACCCUCCCCAGGACAAACAUUCGCAAGUGAUGCUCAGCUAACUCAAAAGAUGCUUCUGCACUUUCACUGAAGGCUUCCAGCAUGGCACCAACACAUCCUCCUCUGUGCGUAGAUACUGUGCUUCAGAUCUGGUGUGAAAAUCUAACCAAUUUUGCACCCAUCCUGCUUGAUUAUGUUAUAGUACCCUGUGUAAUAGUGUAACACUUCCAAGAUGAGUAAAUGAACUUGAAAUAUUAAGCAUAUCAUGGUGAUUUGAUAAUCUUAUGAAAACAAAUACAGCUGAAUUACUGAAGCUGAACAAUAAUUCGAAUUUAGAUGGAAGUGAACCGAGACAGUUGUCAAAGUUGCUUAAUUUUGGAUAUGACAUCCAUGACUUUAAUAGCCUCCAAAUUUAAGUGUGCGGUUCUUCAAAUACGACCUCAUUGUCUGUCUCCCAUUAGACAUGAUGAGAACAUGUCAAAAGAUGUUAUUUUGUACAAUGUCUGUGGACAGUCUUUUGGGUAACAUUUCAUUAUGGUGCAUUAAGACUGAAACUUUGGAAGAAAAAAAGGUGUAACAUUGUCAAAGUACUUCAAUUACAGGAAAGCGGGAUGUAUAAUAAUGAAAAAGGAAUGAUAGUCAUACAGCGCAGAAACAGGCCCUUCGGCCUAACUCAUCCAUGAUGACUAAGAUGUCCCAUCUAAGCUAGCUCCAUUCGCACGUGUUUGGCCCAUAUCCUUCUAAACCUUUCCAAUCCAUGUAUCUUUUUGGGAAGUAUGUUGAGUGAAUGUUCAGAAAAUAGAAAUAUGUGGUAGUGCAGUUGGCCAUUCAGCCUAUCUUGCCCAUGCUUUAGUUUACCGACUGUCUUGUACAGUUCCAGCACAGAUUUGCCUCUACUCCCCAUGGUGGAAUAGUCUGUGUGCAAAAUGUUGGUGGAGUGUUACUGCCUAAAAAUUCACUUCAACAGAGGAGAAAAAAAACCUGCUAGCCACUUUUUGCACCUGAUUCUGGGAGGUUUUCCCAGCCAAGAAUAGGAAA